CAAAUUGAUUAACCAAGCUUGGUCUCAUCAAUAUUCAAUAGUAAGCAACGAUAAUAAGUCAUAUUGAUCCAAAAUGUCAGUCGGGUUGGUAGCAAUAAAACAGAGUUUGUUGAUCCUGGUGUGUCUCUCGUUGAGUUCCGCGGAUCCUCCGGGAGGAACCAACAAAACAGUAAAGACUCAUCUACCGCUGCUACGAAUCCCAGAGAGUUACGCUCCAAAAAAUAAUUCUCUGGAGGCAAAAUGCGACCACCAAAUCCAAAUUUUCGAGAACUCGCUCCAAAAGUUCGAGCUCUGGGCGCUGGAAAUGUUUGACGCAAGCACAAAGAUUCCCUCGGGGAUCCUUCAGGGGAACAUCAAGGACCUGGGGAUGUACGACCAGUGCCUCAAAGUCAACGCCACUGUCGGGAACGAGAACAUCAGAGGAAAGCACUGCAUGUACACCCUCGAGGGGGAAUUCAAUGCAACAAUGUUGCCUGUUGAUCCUGCUAUGAGUGUCUGCUUGCCAGCAACCUGCAGCCCGAAGCAGGUCAAGGAGAAGAUGCAGAAGCUGAUAAACAUGGCUGAACCGUUCCUGGGCGGUAACAAGAUCCGGAUAAAAAACGCGACCUGCUCCGAAGUUGAUGAUCAGCCCUGGGAACUCGGUGCUAAAGUUACUCUAGGGGUAUUAGGCGCUCUUAUAACAUUCCUAUUAAUUUGCACCAUUUGCGAACUGCUUUUAAAGUUCACCAGCAUCAACAGUGGCUCGAUCAUGACCCUCGGUAAAUUUUCAUUAAUGGUCAAUAGCCGACGCAUCCUGAGCACCAAGGCCCCUGAAGAAAAUCUACCAAUAAUUCCAGGCCUCAAAGUCUACGGUAUAGCCUUGAUCGUCCUAGGACACAGAUACUUUAUAACAGUCUUAAGUAGUCUUGUUAAUCUUGUUGAUGUCAAGCUGUGGUGCUUUUCUUGGAAAGCGACCUUCAUUUUAUCGUUCCCUCAGUAUUCGGUAGAUACAUUUCUUACAAUAACUGGAAUUUUAACUUCUUACUUGUUUCUCAAAGAAAUGGCCAGGGGGCGCAAAUUAACCCCUUUAUUCAUGGCACUGAUGUUAAUUACAACAUUCGUGCUUCCAAAACUGGGUUCAGGCGCCCUCUGGCAGACAACAAUAACCACCGAGAGUGACUCUUGCAGACGCGAGUGGUGGCGGAUGCUCCUAUAUGUUCACAAUUACGUCUACACAGACGGUCUGUCAUGUCUACUCCACACCUGGUACCUAGCAUUGGACAUGCAACUCUUUUGGGUGAGCCCAUUAAUCAUCUAUCCGCUUCACAAAAAGCCCAAGCUGGGAUUAAUCAUCCUCACGGCCGCCAUUGUUGCGUCGAUGAUCUUGCCAGCUGUUGUAGCGGCUGUCAAUAAACUACCUGCAACCUUACACCCGAAGGAUCGUAAUGAUAGAUUGAUGUUGCUGAACUUCUAUAUCUUAACUCAUGCCCGCGCUGGGCCUUGGUUGCUGGGAAUAUUAUUGGGAUAUCUUUUGGCAACCGGUAAAAGACUACCCAUCCCUGAAGGAAGGAAACUUGGCUGGAUUUUGGCGAUUCUAGCCUUCAUGUACUCAUUUCUCACGCACAGAAUCUACCAACAUGAAGACUACAAGUGGAAUAUCUACUGGGAAUCCUUCCAUGCUGGGUUUGCAAGGCAUUUUUGGGCGUUUGGAAUCUGCUGGAUCAUCUAUGUGUCUACUCUAGGCCACGGAGUCAGGGUGGUAGCAAUAAAACAGAGUUUGUUGAUCCUGGUGUGUAUCUCGGUGAGUUUCGCGGAUUCUCCGGAAGGUACCAACAAAACAGUAAAGGCUGAUCUACCACCGCUACGAAUUCCCGAGAUUUACGCUCCAAAAAAUAAUUCUCUGGAGGCAAAAUGCGAGCACCAAGUCCAAAUUUUCGAGGACUCGCUCCAAAAGUUCGAGCUCUGGGCGCUGGAAAUGUUUGACGCGAGCACAAAGAUUCCCUCGGGGAUCUUCGAGGGGAACAUCAGGGACCUGGGGAUGUAUGACCAGUGCCUCAAGGUCAACGCCACUGUCGAGAACGAGACCAUCAGAGGGAAGCACUGCAUGUACUCCCUCGAGGGGAAUUUCAAUGUAACAAAGCUACCUGUUGAUCCUAUUAUGAGUGUCUGCUUGCCAGCAACCUGCAGCCCGAAGCAGGUCAAGGAGAAGAUGCAGAAGCUGAUGAACAUGGCUGAACAGUUCCUGGGCAGCAACAAGAUCCGGGUAAAAAAUGCGACCUGCUCCGAAGUUGAUGAUCAGCCCUGGGAACUCGGUGCUAAAGUCACUCUGGGCAUCUUUGUGGGUCUUGUGGCCUUCCUAUUAAUCUGCACCUUCUGCGAACUACUUCUAAAAUUCACCAGCGUCAACAGUGGCUUGAUCAACACACUCAGCAAAUUUUCAUUCAUCGUCAAUGGCCAACGCAUCCUGAGCACCAAAGUCUCCAAGGAGAACAUCCCUGCCAUCGCAGGUCUCAAAGUCUUCAGCAUGUUCUGGAUAGUCUUGGUCCACGCCUACAUUUACUCCCUUAGCAGCAGCAUGGUCAAUUUCGGAGAAAUCGAAGAUUGGUAUUACUCUUGGCGGUCUACUCACGUCUUUGUGGCUACUUAUUCGCUGGACACCUUUCUUGCGGUUACUGGAUUCUUGAGUUCGUACUUGUUUCUCAAAGGAAUGGCUAAUAGACGCAAGUUUAAUAUUUUCUUGUACUACUUGCAUCGAUACAUAAGAUUAACACCCGCGUAUGGAGCGCUGCUGCUAUUUACGAUAUACCUUCUUCCAAAAAUGAGUUCAGGAGCACUCUGGCAGCCAAUGUUUAACAACCAAAGUACCUGUUGCAAGCAAGAUUGGUUGCCAAUGAUCCUAUAUGGUUACAAUUUCUAUUACGUCCAAGGAAUGACAUGCCUAGUUCACACCUGGUACCUAUCAAUGGAUAUGCAAUUGUUCUGGGUGAGCCCAUUAAUCCUCUAUCCGCUUUACAAGAAGCCUAAGUUAGGAUCAAUCAUCCUCUGGACGGCCAUUGUUGCGUCGAUAAUCACGCCAGCUACUGUAGUGGUGGUCAAUAAGUUCUCAACGAUGAUCAACAAGGAACACUACACUGACACAACAAUGUUGCUGAAGUUCUACAUCGUUCCUUACUGCCGAGCUGGGCCUUGGCUGCUAGGAAUUCUAACGGGGUACCUUAUUGCAUCUGGAAGUAAAGCUCCAAAUCCUGGAGUGAGAAUAAUUGGCUGGAGUUUGACAUUUUUAGCAUUCGCUUACGGAUAUUUCACCUUCAGAAUCUAUCAACAAGAAGAUUACAAGUGGAAUAUGUACUGGGAAAUGUUCCACGGUGGGUUAGGAAGGCAUAUAUGGGCUUUUGGAGUAUGCUGGAUCAUAUUUAUGUCUGCUCUGGGCCACGGAGGUAUUGUCACAAAAUUUUUGUCACACCCGAUCUACUUGCCCUUCAGUAGGGUGUCGUACUCAAUCUACCUGCUCCACUUGAUAAUCCAGGGCAUCAGAGUGUACUCAAUGAGAACUCCUAUCUACUUUACUGAAUCUCAAAUGACAAUUAUCAUCAUCGGUGAUGUAGUGACAAGCUUUUUAGCGGCAAUUAUCUUCAGUCUUGUCUUUGAAUCGCCAUUUGUAGUCCUGGAAAAAUUGAUAUUUUCCAGAAAAAAGCCGAUUAAUCAACCAACAGAACCAAUUCAAGAAGAGAUAACUUUUGAGAAUGGAAUUAUUAAUCACGGAUUUGGAAAACAAGUUGAUUCGUCAUCUAUGAUAACAAUUUAGUUUUAUUAUUAUUAUAAUUAUUAUUGU